AUUGGAAAAUAUCGAUGAUCACGAAGCGUCUUCUUCAGUUAGAGCAGAGUAAAUGGUAUCAGUGGCGAGAUAUGCUAUGGGCUUAACCACACCUGCAUCAUCUUGGAAGAUAAUGAAGGAGACGAUAAUCGUAGGCUGGAGAUCCUGUUCUUGAUCAGUGAUGUAGCGGCAGAGACAAUCAAAUCUGAGGAACGGAAUUGCUGACGGUGAAGGCGGCUGUUUCGCUCCAUCCAGAUGAAGUAAAUUGCCGAUUGCCAAGCCAAUAAUGCUAAGAUACGGAGGUGUUUCGGUCCAGUUAGCUGCUGCAUAUGGUUGAUAACCUGGGGCCAGGAAGUAAUAGGAGUGCUUCGAGCUCGCAUGGCUAGUGAUCCCCAUAUUGAAGCCGAGAAGGAACAUGUGAAGUAGAGGUGAUCUCUUGACUCAUUUGCAGAGUUGCAGAGAAGGCAAAGAGGGCUAGUUGUAUACCUCUUGGCGACCAAACGCAGGCUGCCCAAGGAACCACCGGCUGAUGAGUCUUGAUGAGGUUGUACACUUGACCUGUGGAGUAAGUGGAGAGUUCUUUCCCGUCUGGAGCCCAUACAAAUUUGUCCUCCUCUAGCGUCAAAGCAAUGGUAGUGAGAUAGACUUGUAGGUUUAGUUGAGGUUCUGAUCGAGGAGAGGGGAGCUGCCAAUUCCCAUUACGGUAGAUGGUAGAUAGGAUAGCAUCGUGUCUGAUUCCCAGAGCCGUAGUGGUUGAGGCAUUUAGGUACUCUCUGAGGUUCCCAAAAGGGCUCCAGUUGUCAGUCCAAAACCUUGUUGAUCUACCAUCACCAACCUUUACCUUGAUGAAAUUGAUGCUCUUUGUGAUCCAAGCAACCCAAAUAGACCCUGCGCGAAAGAAGAGGAGCCAUACUAGCUUGAUGUUGCACGCUACAUUCCAUUGCAGGAGAUCUCUGAUCCCAAGUCCUCCCUCAUUCUUCGCCAGUGUCACUGUUUCCCAAGAGACCCGAGCAGAGUGGUGGCCCUCUGUAGUGCCUUUCCACAGAGGAUCACAAUUAGACAAGGAUAAUUUCUUAGUGCAUAAGGGAACUCCUAAAUACCUCACUGGAAGCACUCCAUGUGUUAACCCCACCUCUGAUAUGAUCUUGUUAACUCCACUGGACGGCAUAGAUUGUUGAUCAACUUAUUUUGCAUAAUUCAAACUGGUAAGUGCUCUUCAGAUUGUUUUUUUCUCUUUCGUCUCUCUUCAGGACCAGUUUUCACGAGGACAACAAUGUUCAUGUAGAGGCAAAAUGCUCAACGGAAGCUCAAGUAAAUUAAUUACUAAGGUUAAAAUCAAUAAAUAAAAUUAAGACAAAUGAAAUAAGAUGAAUGGAAUGUAGUAAAAGUGGAAUAUAUUUAUUCCAUUUAUUAUGAAAUGUUUUACUUUGUAUUUUGUUUAGGUUUUUUUCCCGUAGAGUUGAUAUAAUGAUUAUUCUUUUCUAUUCAUAUUAAAUAGUUUACAAAAA